AAAAAAAGAAGAUUAGUAGAUGAUUUCUCACUCUACUCAAUAAUGAAUCCCAUUUCCAUAGUUUUUUCCUUUUCUCAUCAAAAUCUCAUGUAGUCAACAUCAAAACCCGAGACGGUUGCUAUUUGUUUCUUUUGCAGCAUUAUCAAUCUCACAAGAAACUACAUACAUUAAAUUUCUAGUAUUAUUCAACCAAGUCUUUCUUGGAUAAGUGUAGGACACCUGAGAAAGAACAAAGAAUUGCCAACUGCUUUGAUCAAUUUAACCUUGGCAUUUAAUCGUCCUGUAGAGGCUCCCCGUCCAUCACUCUAAAACAAAGAUUCUUGCUUUUGCUUUGCAAGUUCUAUCUUCUAAACAUGAUUCUCAAAGAGCCAAUCCUUUUUUUCUUAGCAAUCUUUCUACUUCCGUUACUCACAGCUCAAUCAUCCAAUUGCGACCGAUCAUGUGGUGACAAGCUUGUUCCUUAUCCAUUUGGAUUCUCAACCGGCUGCCGAAUCCCUCUAAACUGCAGCUCAGAUAACCAACAGCUUGUUGCUGGUUUUCCAAUCCUAACCAUAAACGAUGACAGCAUAAAAAUCAGUAUUGAAGCCACUUGCGAUCGUCCACUUCAAGCCCUUCACCGUCUCUAUGGCCCUAAUUACGCCCCAACAUCUCGAAACGCAAUUCUACUGCAAAACUGCAGCUUGCCAGCGCCAUGCAUGAUACCAUCAACUAUGGUUUACACUCACUUUGAGGCCCUUGCUUGCUCUCCUAAUAGUAGCAAUAUCAGUUGCUAUUCUGAAAACAAAAUUAAUGGUUUCAUUGAUUACAACAAGGUGACGACAACCAACUGCAAGUCCUUUUUAUCAUCCAUAUCAGCUGAACAUUUCAAUGAAUCAGGAGUCUUAGAGGUCCGGGUGGUUGAGCUAGGGUGGUGGCUUCAAGGACGGUGCUCUGACUUCUGUUCUGAAAAUGCAAUUUGUGAUGAAAUUAUUUCACCGUUCAAUAGACAGCCAGGAUUCAUUUGCAGGUGCGAACAAGGGUUCAGAGGUGAUGGAUAUCGUGCCGGCAAAGGUUGCCGGAAAGCAUCUUCAGAUUGCAACCUUGCAAGAUACAUUUCUGGCAAAUGUGGAGGAACAACUAGAGUCGCUAUUUUGGUUGGAGGCAUUGCAGGCGGAGCUUCUUUAAUGAUCUGUGCAGUUCUAAUAUGCUGCUUUGUGCAAAGGAAUUCCAAUUCGAUAGACAGAAACAGCACAAAACGCCUUCUAUCUGAAGCUUCAGACAUCAGCAUUCCUAUUUAUACAUACAAGGAAAUAGAGAAAGCUACAAAUAGUUUCUCAGAGAAACAAAGGCUUGGAACAGGGGCCUUUGGAACAGUCUAUGCAGGAAAACUCCAUAACAAUUCAUGGGUUGCUAUUAAAAGGAUCAAGCAUAGAGACACUGAUUGCAUCGAGCAAGUCAUAAAUGAGAUCAAACUAAUUUCAUCUGUCAGCCACCCAAAUCUAGUGCGCCUCUUGGGUUGCUCCAUAGAAAAUGGUGAACAAAUACUUGUAUAUGAGUUUAUGGCCAAUGGAACAUUAUGCCAGCAUUUACAAAGAGAGAGGGGUGAUGGACUUGCCUGGCCAGUUCGCCUUACAAUUGCCGUUGAAACUGCACAAGCCAUUGCUCAUCUGCACUCUGCUAUAGAUCCCCCAAUAUAUCAUAGAGACAUCAAGUCUAGCAACAUACUCUUAGAUUACAACUUCAGGUCCAAAGUAGCAGAUUUUGGUCUUUCUAGACUUGGAAGGACUGAGAUAUCCCACAUCUCAACAGCCCCUCAAGGAACUCCAGGAUACCUUGAUCCUCAGUACCAACAAAACUUCCAUCUUUCAGACAAAAGCGAUGUUUAUAGUUUUGGGGUAGUACUCAUAGAGAUCAUAACAGCACUAAAAGUGGUGGACUUUUCUAGGCCUCCAAAUGAAGUUAAUUUGGCAGCUGUUGCUACUGACCGAAUUAGCAAAGGGCGUUUAGAUGAGAUCAUAGAUCCAUAUCUCGAGCCAAAUAGUGAUUCUUGGACGUUAUCUUCAAUCUACAAGGUGGCAGAACUGGCUUUUAGAUGCUUAUCAUUUCACAGAGACAUGAGACCUACAAUGAUGGAAGUAGUAUUAGAAUUGGAACAAAUCAGGCUAAGCAGAUGGGUUCCAGCCGAAGAAAAUACUUGUGCAGCUUCAUCAGAAGUAUCUCCUUGCUCCUCCUCAUCCAAUCUAAGCGAGCGACCACUAAGCAUGGCAGUUAACAAGGCUGGACUGGAAAAUAGAGGUCUAUUUAUGCUUCAGAUGACUAAUGUUGGUUGUGUGAACUUGAUGGAAAAAUUGAAGGACAAUUCACCAGUAUCAGUCCAAGAUCCAUGGCUGAGUGAACAAAGCUCACCUUCAUCCAGUAGUUUGCUGAAUAGUAUAACCCAUUAACCAGAAAUCACUCUUUCUUCACAUUUCAGCUUCAUCUCGACUUGUUAAUUCUUGGUGUUAUCAACGCAGUACGACAGUUUUGUUCCUCAAGUGUUCCUGCCUAGUGUGUAUAUAUAUGUUUAUAGAAACUAUUGAAAAUGUUCCCAUUAAUGUCUCAUUCUUGCUUGAAUGUAUCAAAAAAUAUGCAUGUUGUUCGGACUUGCGGACAUGAAAUUGAGUGACAGACGAAAAAAGUAUAGCUAAAAGGAAACAUGCUGAUAUGUUAACAUUAAAUUAUACGUUAUCAAUUACUUGAUCAACCCAUGAGUUAUAGAAUAAACAGUACAUCAUUCUCUCACCAAAAAUAAACAGUAUUCAUGAAAGCUUGAAAUGUAGGAAAAUAUAU